GAUAAAUUAUAUUUCGCGUGAUUUCAAUGUGCGUAUAAAAUAAUGAGUACUAUCUAAUAUAUGUUGAAAUAUACAGUAUUGUGUCACAUGAAAUAUGUAAAAGAUAUUUUUAUGUACGAAGAUAUUGUUUAAUUCUAAGUUCAUACAUGCAGAACAAAAACAAAUGUAUCAGAAGAGAGUGGUUAACAAAAUUCCAGGCGAGCUGCCACAUCCACCUAAAAGCCAAAAUCAAGGAUUUAUAGACGAUUUAGGAAAGAAGCAAAAAUUUGAAUUAGAAGAGCUGUUAGAAAGGCAGAAUAAGAUUCUCGCUAAUAAAACAUUUCUAUCAAAAUUACCGGAUAAAGGGAAGAAGAUCAAAUAUUUUAGAGAUAAAAUAGCGAAAGAACUCGAGCAUAAAAACGAAGUUGAAAAUGCAGCUAAUCUUUUAUCGAGACUAAAUCUAGCAUCCGAGGGUAAAGAUGCUAUGAACGAACUAGAAUGGACUGGCAAUUAUAACGAAACAAAAAGUACAAUAAAAAUUAUCGAACUCGAUAGUGGCGAUGAAGAAGAUCCUUUGAAAAUAUUGGCACAACCUACAGGUUCUGGUGUUCAUAAGAAGAAAAUUAUACAUCUACCACCGGAGGAAAAUUUAAUAAAAUUAGAAGAUGUAGCGGAAAUCGAAUCUUUUAAAGCGGAAUCUACAGAUGAACAUGUACAAUAUAUUGUUAACAAAGUAGAGAACACACCGAAGACAACGAAUCAGAGAAGGGAACAAUUCAAACCAUAUAAGACGACCAAAUCGAAUGUACAUGAUCCUGAAAAAGAGAAACAAAGGAAGCAACCUAAGAACUGGGAAGUUACGGCAGCUACACCUCCACUAAUUGUUCAUAGCGCAGCGAAGAUUAUAAACUUAAAUGAAUCUCUAAAGCUACAGAAGGAACACGCUGAGAAACUUCAGCAAAUUCAAGCCAAACAUGCAGCAGAAAGAUUGGCUGAACAACUCGGUUUACAUUGUGUUGGCCCUCCACUCAAGAAUAUAGAUAACUACCAUAUACGGGAAGAAAAAGACUCCAGUUCAUCGUCUGGUUCCGAAGAUGAGGAAAAUGAAGUUCACGAUGAAGAAGAUAACGAUAAAAGAGGAACGGUUGUUUUCACAAUAGAUAGUAUAGAAAAUUAAUUUAAUCUAUUUUAUAAUAGAUAUAUUAUGUAAGUAUAUUUGUAAUACAUUAUUUUAAAUAAAAUUUCGUUAUUGAAAGUUAA